UAAUGAUCAAAAGAAUAUCAAAGUAGAUAUUGAGAAUGCCUUAAUUGUAUUUGACAACAAGAAUGAUUGCUCCAUUUUCUUAGCAUAAUCACAAUCAUUCUCACGAUCACAAUCAUGAUCAUAAUCAUGAUCAUUCUCAUCCAGAUUUCUAACCAUAAUAAAAGGCUUAACAAUAAUUCACAUAAGAAUAGAUUUAAUAGAAACAUAAAGAAAUUGAUAAUGUAAAUUGAUAUUAAUUAUUCAAAGAUCAUAAAGUCUAACUAAGUUGUGUUAUUUAUGAAGGGAACACCUAAUCAACCAAUGUGUGGAUAUUCAAAUUAUGCUGUUUAGGUUCUAUAAUUUUACAAAGUGUAAAAUUAUCAUUCUGUUGAUAUUCUUUCUGAUCCUUUAAUGAGAGAAGAAAUUAAGAAAUAUUCAAACUGGCCUACAUUCCCAUAAUUAGUAUUAUUUUAAUAUUAUAUAAUAAGUAUGUAAAAUAAGAAUUAGUUGGUGGAUGUGAUAUCAUGAUGGAAAUGCACAAAGAAGGUACAUUAAAAGAAUUAUUUAAUAAAAUAUGA